AUGAAUUUUGAUGCUCACUAUAUGCUUACUGAGAGGAAUAAGGAAAACCCAGUUGAGAGGUCCCCAUCUAGAGACGCUUACAAGAAGCAACUUGCAGAAUGCUUGAACAUUAAUCGGUCCAGAAUCUUUGCCUUCAAGAACAAGUCACUUGCUUUGGUCGACUUAAUCCCUCAUCAAAUCUCUCUUCCCUACCAAUGGGACAAUAAACUCGCCAAUCCUCUUCGAUAUAUUCCUCAGACUCGUAAGAAGACUUUGGAUGCUUCUGAUAUUUUGAAUGACUAUUAUCUCAAUUUACUGGACUGGGGAAGCGACAAUGUUCUUGCAAUUGCCCUUGAAAACUCAGUGUACUUGUGGAAUGCAGCCAAUUGUUCUACUUCAGAACUUUUUACAUUUGAUGAUGAAAAUGGUUGUCACAUCUAUUGUUGGGCUCUUGAUGGAUGGCGUUUUGUUGUUGGUUUGUGUAACAGCCGUAACUUUUAA